CCGCCGAGCGCUCCGAGCUCAGAAACUGCCAGCAGAGAUCACAGGAGCUGAAGCCGGGACGGGAGGCGAGAGGGAGAGAAAAGCGAGCAGCAGCGAGCAAGCGAGCGGGCGAAUGUGCUUGCAAGUCAGAGCGAGAAGAAGAGAGGCAGGCGACAGCGAAGGGAGAAGAAAGCCGAUCCGGACCCUCAGUAGUCCAGGAAAGAGCUCAGGGCAAAGGAGGAAAUGGCGAGGGGGAUCUAAGACCAUCCCCAGAGAAAUCCAGGGAAGCAAAGUUUGGGGCUGCCAAGCUGCCCUCUGCCUUUUUCCCAUGGCAUCCUUUUGCUGCUCGUGACAUUUUGGGCAUAUCGAUUAUUAUUAUUUUUAAACGCUCGUUUCCCCUCCUCCUCUUUCAUGAUUUUUCUUCCUCCAUCUCAAGAGGGCAUGCCCAUCGGUUCUUCCCGCAGCCUUCCCCGCUCCUGCUGUGACCAGGAAGCCAAACCGAGGACAAUCUUGAAAGAUCCCCGUUCCCCGGGAUUUGCUGUUGCUGCCUCCACCGCCUCUCCGGCUGCCGCGGCGCAGUGCCAGGACUCUGGGAAUAAAUUAAAACGGGCUCCGGUGCCUAUAUAGCCAGCUACCUAUUGCCUCUAGUUGAUCAUUUCUGGGGAAGAUCACCGAUGAGGUGGGAGCUCUGCCCGGCGUCUUCUUCCCAGACCCAUCUUGGGUGAUUUUUUUUUUGGUAGUGGUAAUUUAUUGAUUUUGUUUUCCCGAAGGACAGCCAUGGGGGAGAAAGGAGAAAAUGAAGGAAAAGGAGUGACCGUAAAUCCCUUUUAAAGCCCCCAUCAAUCUCUGCCCCUCCGCCCCCCUCCCUCCGCUCGCAGACGCCGUGUUUCUCAGAGGAGGAGGAGGAGGAGGAGGGGGCUUUUUGGAGAAGGAGGAAGUCGUGUGUCGGGGAGGGGGGGAAUCUCUUUCCCCUUUUGGAGAUGGUCGUGCUAGUCCUCUUUGCCUUAAUCUGUAUGGUGGAGGGAGCCCUGUCGCAGCUUCACUACACCGUGCAAGAGGAGCAAGAGCAUGGCACUUUCGUGGGGAAUAUCGCCGAGGACCUGGGCUUGGACAUUACAAAACUUUCGGCUCGCCGCUUCCAGACGGUGCCCAAUUCGCGGAGCCCUUACCUGGACCUCAACCUGGAGACCGGGGUGCUGUACGUGAACGAGAAGAUCGACCGCGAGCAGAUCUGCAAGCAGAACCCGUCGUGCCAGCUGCACCUGGAAGUCUUCCUGGAGAACCCGCUGGAGCUCUUCCGCGUGGAGAUUGAAGUGCUCGACAUCAAUGAUAACCCUCCGGCUUUCCCGGAGCCCGACCUGACUGUGGAGAUCUCUGAGAGCGCCACGCCGGGCACCCGCUUCCCCUUGGAGAGCGCCUUCGACCCGGACGUGGGCACGAACGCGCUGCGCACCUACGAGAUCACCCCCAACGGCUACUUUUCGCUGGACGUGCAGACGCAGCCCGACGGCAACCGCUUCGCCGAACUGGUGCUCUCCAAGCCCUUGGAUCGCGAGCAGCAGGCGGUACACCGCUACGUGCUGACCGCCGUGGACGGCGGGCAGCCCCAGCAGCGCACCGGCACGGCCCUGCUCACCAUCCGUGUGCUGGACUCCAACGACAACGUGCCCGCCUUCGAGCAACCCGUCUACACUGUCUCGCUGCCGGAGAACUCGCCGCCCGGCACGCUGGUGCUGCAGCUCAACGCUAGCGACCCGGACGAGGGCCAGAAUGGCGAGAUCAUCUACUCGUUCAGCAGCCACAUCUCGGCCCGCGCCCGGGAGCUCUUCGGCAUCUCGCCCCGGACGGGCCGGCUGGAGGUCAACGGCGAGCUGGACUACGAGGAGAGCAGCGUCUACCAGGUGUACGUGCAAGCCAAGGACCUGGGGCCCAACGCCGUGCCCGCCCACUGCAAGGUCCUGGUGCGGGUGCUCGACGCCAACGACAACGCGCCCGAGAUCAGCUUCUCCACCGUCAAGGAGGCCGUGAGCGAGGCGGCGGCGCCCGGCACGGUGGUGGCCCUCUUCAGCGUCUCGGACCGCGACUCGGAGGACAACGGCCAGGUGCACUGUGAGCUGCUGCAGGGCGACGCGCCGUUCCGCCUCAAGAGCUCCUUCAAGAACUACUACACCAUCGUGACCGAGGGGCCCCUGGACCGCGAGCAGCCCGGCGGCGACGCCUACACGCUGACAGUGGUGGCGCGGGACCUGGGCGAGCCGCAGCUGAGCGCCACCAAGUCCAUCCAGGUGCGCGUCAGCGACGUGAACGACAACGCGCCCCGCUUCUCGCAGCCCGUCUACCAGGUCUACGUGAGCGAGAACAACGUGCCCGGUGCCUACAUCUACGCCGUCAGCGCCACCGACCGCGACCAGGGCGCCAACGCGCAGCUGGCCUACGCCAUCCUGGACAGCCAGAUCCAGGGCAUGUCGGUCUUCACCUACGUCUCCAUCAACUCCGAGAACGGCUUCCUCUACGCGCUGCGCUCCUUCGACUACGAGCAGCUCAAGGAGUUCAGCUUCCAGGUGGAGGCCCGCGACGCCGCCGUCGAAGCACCGCCGGAGGAGACCGGCGGCGGCGGCGGCGAGCAGGAGGCCCUGGCCGGCAACGCCACCGUCAACAUAGUGGUGGUCGACCAGAACGACAACGCGCCCGCCAUCGUCAGCCCGCUGCCCGGCCGCAACGGCACUCCGGCCCGGGAGGUGCUGCCCCGCGGCGCCGAGCCGGGCUACCUGGUGACCCGCGUGGCAGCCGUGGACGCGGACGACGGCGAGAACGCGCGCCUGACCUACAGCAUCGUGCGGGGCAACGAGGCCAGCCUCUUCCGCAUGGACUGGCGCACCGGCGAGCUGCGCACGGCGCGGAAGGUGCCCGCCAAGCGCGACCCGCAGCGGCCCUACGAGCUGGUCAUCGAGGUGCGCGACCACGGGCAGCCGCCCCUCUCCUCCACCGCCGCCCUCCAAGUGCUCCUGGUGGACAGCGCCGUCGAGCGGCAGGGCGCGGGCGGAGGAGGCGGCGCGGGCGGCGCGGGCGGCGGGUUGGGCCCCGGCGGGGCAGGAGGGCCCGGGGGCGAGCACCGGCCCAGCCGCUCGGGGGGCGGCGGCGACCACGGCGAGACCUCGCUGGACCUGACGCUGAUCCUCAUCAUCGCCCUGGGCUCGGUCUCCUUCAUCUUCCUGCUGGCCAUGAUCGUGCUGGCCGUGCGCUGCCAGAAGGAGAAGAAGCUCAACAUCUACACGUGCCUGGCCAGCGACUGCUGCCUGAGCUGCUGCUGUUGCUGCUCCUGCUGCAGCCGCCAGGCGCGGGCCCGCAAGAAGAAGCUCAGCAAGUCCGACAUCAUGCUGGUCCAGAGCUCCAACGUGCCCAGCAACCCGGCCCAGGUGCCCGUCGAGGAGUCCGCCAGCUUCGGAUCCCACCAUCACAACCAGAACUACUGCUACCAGGUCUGCCUCACGCCCGAGUCGGCCAAGACCGACCUGAUGUUCCUCAAGCCCUGCAGCCCGUCCCGCAGCACCGACGCCGAGCACAACCCCUGCGGGGCCAUCGUCACCGGCUACACUGACCAGCAGCCCGACAUCAUCUCCAACGGCAGCAUACUGUCCAGCGAGACUAAACACCAGCGUGCAGAGCUCAGUUAUCUAGUUGAUAGACCACGGCGGGUAAACAGUUCUGCAUUCCAGGAAGCAGACAUAGUAAGCUCUAAGGACAGUGGUCAUGGAGACAGUGAGCAAGGAGACAGCGAUCAUGACGCCACUAAUCGAGGUCAAUCCUCUGGCAUGGAUCUCUUCUCUAAUUGUACGGAAGAAUGUAAAGCAUUGGGCCACUCGGAUCGGUGCUGGAUGCCCUCUUUUGUCCCUUCUGAUGGACGCCAGGCUGCAGAUUAUCGCAGCAAUCUUCAUGUUCCUGGUAUGGACUCUGUUCCAGACACUGAAGUGUUUGAAACACCAGAAGCCCAGCCCGGGGCAGAGAGGUCCUUCUCCACCUUUGGCAAAGAGAAGGGCCUUCACAGCACUCUGGAGAGGAAGGAACUGGAUGGACUGCUGUCUAAUACACGAGGGCCUUACAAACCACCAUAUUUGAGCCUUGCCAUUUGUGGAUCUCAGAAUGGAUUAUAAAAGAAUAGUGAUUUAAGACCUGCAGAUCCUCUGUGAGAUAGCACGGAAAAGGAUAUGCUAGUCAAUUCUACGGGACUUACCUGAAGCAGCAUGAUUUGCACAAAAGUCGACCAACAAAAGCAUCAACUUUUCAACUUCAUUAUCUUGGCCAUCCAGUUCUGUGUUAACUGAAGAAUUACUGUGCUGUUGGAGACACCAUGGCCAACCAUAGGACCUAACUGCUCUCAGCAGGCCUGAGAAAUGAGUUGAAAUGUAUGGAACUGUAGAAACUUCAAGAGGCGAUUGACUUUUGCCUCUCUGAUCAGUGUGUGCCUGUUUACAGCACUAUAUAGCUCUCUCUUUCUCUCUCUAUCUCUCUAAAAUUUCACUGAGCCCUUUAGAUGUUUAUAUUCGCCACAAGAAGCCAAUCGUACAGAUUUUAAAAAAGGAAAUGUGCAUUAUAAAUGCAAUAUCACUGUUUUAAACUUGACUGUUUUAUAUUAUUUUUGUGUGAUCAAGUGUCCCCCAAACUAUUCCAACUUUACAAAAGAAAUUGUGAAUCAUGUUCUUUUCACCAGUGGGUCAUGAAAAUGUUGUUAAUCUGCAGACCCACAAAAUAUCAAAGACAUUCUGUAGUUUAUACACCGUGUUGCAAAGUGUUUACUGUACUAUUUCAAAGCUUCUAAAUAAAUAUAAAAUAUAUAUAUUAUAUUACAUAUAAUUUUCUGGGAAACGUGGUACCAUUUAGUUGAUUUUUAAAUGAAUUCAUACAGUCCACACCAUACACUAAAGUGAGAAGGUAAUUCAGGGUCCUUAAAUUAUCCUUGCCUAAACAAUAAAAUAAAUCUUUAAUAAUACUUUCCCAUUUUUGUACUUUGGUCAAUCCUGUUUGUCCUUGUUAAAAAAAAAGAGCUGUAAGCAACAACAUUUUUUCCUGAAAGUUGUACUGAAUGUUCAAUGCCAAAGAUACAGCUGUCAAUAAUUAUGAAAAUGAGCACUGACUAUGUACUAUCAAAAGUAUCUAUAUAUAUAUAUAUAUCAACUUCCAUUACUUUAAUUCUAUUUCUAUGGCUUUUAAUUUGGAAUCAAAAAACUUUUUAUAAAGGCUCUAUAAACUCACAUGUAUAUGUUGUUGAAAAGUACACUGGGUGUCUGUACAUUUUGCAAUGUAAGAUAUAAUGUAAACGAAGAUAACUAUUUUAAGGAAAUAUCCCUCCCCUGCCCACAAUUCAUAGCUAACAUACAUGGUUCUUUGGCAUAGUUUUUUGCAAAUAUAUCUUUUCAUGCUGGCUUGCAGUAGUUUUUUUUUUUUUUAAGACCAUUCUCAAAGACAUACAUGUUGCCAAGCCAAUGAUUUGAAUUUGUCUCUUUUAUGGAAAAAAAAAUAAAUUUAGGAAUAGGCUGUACCAACUUCACUAGCAAUCAGGUUGGUCCCUCCUGUGUUAUUUUUGUAGUAAUUUCAUGACAUGACAAAUCUCAGUAAGGGUAUUUUUUAUUAGGAAAAAACCCCCAGUAAAUUGUUCUAAAACAAAAAACCUGCCAAAGUAAAGUUGAACCUUUACUUUCGUGCUCUCUGAAGAUAAGCACUGUUGAAAAAAGUGAUACAUAUAGUUAGGUGUGUGGGUGGUUUGUUACAUGCUCUGCUGUCUUUUUUUCUGAUGACUACCUGUCAAGUGUUCAAAAGAAACCAUAAAAUUCUGUCUGUGAUAACAGCAGCUGUUUCAGUUGAAGGUGCUUAGAUGCAAUAGCCCUUUGAACAAGGGGAAGACAUACUCUUUCUUUCAGAGGGUUUUGAAUCAUAUACGAGUACCAUAAAUUUGCAUCCUUGCUCCCACUCAAUACUGUUCAGAGGGUUAGAAAAAAAUGAGUCGACGUGAGCAAGGGGGGGAGAAAGUAGCUCUUAAUUUUUUUUAACGAAAUAAAAAGACUGUUACACUGAUCCAGAGCCCCAGCAAUCCAGACAUGGUGCUUUUGUGCAUUCAGGCUUCCCUAUUUACCACACUGGAGGGGAAAGCUCUAUGCUUACAACCCUUGUGCACUUCUAGAUGCACAUGCAUCCAACGACCCCUUGUCGCAAUUUUUUUCUAGAUGAGAUUAAUAGUCCCUUUGAAGUUUAACUCACCAGUCAUUCUCCACUGUGUUCCCAUUAAUGUGAAUGAGAGUUGUGCGUAGGUAAGGUUUCUAAUGUUGUACUGUGAGGUUACAGUAGUUUCUGAAAUCUUAACAAAAUAUUCCUGCUCAAUACUUUUAAUGCAUAUUUCUAAACUCUUUGUAUAUCUACAGGGAUUUCUUGGGAUCCUUUUAACGAUGUAUAUUAAAUAUGAAUCACAGAAAAAGCACAGAAAGUGACAGUUAAUUUAAAAAAAACACACACAACUGUGAAAUCUUUAGCUUUAGGUAAUGGGAAUUCUGGUCACCUCUAUGCCUUGUUAGUUUUAUGAAAAAAUGGGCUAUUUUAGUAAUAAAUUGUGUGAAGAAUAUUUCAUUUGAAGAAGUCUUGUCAACCUGUUGCUGCUUUUGAGGCAAGAAAUGGAAUGCCCCUCCUGGAAUUGGUUUUGCUUUUUGCUUUUUUUGCUUUUUUAAUAGCCUCUCUAAACAGAGGUGUGUACUGUAAAUUAGGGUUGUUUCUAGUCCUGUGGAGAAAAAAAGUCACCUUUUCUUUUUAUAGACUAUUAAAGUGUUUUGAUUUACUGAAA